AUGGGGCUCCCCCCGACCGCGGCAAAAACGGUGACCCUCUGAGGAUCUGUCGGUUGACGGAUUGAUGAGGAGGGAAACCUCAGCGGGUUUCACAAUCAGCGGGUUUCACAAGAAGAGACUUGAGGAGGGUUUAUCCGCCCAGUGACUGGGAGCCGCCCACACACUCGCACUGAAAACAAAACCAGUUUCAAGCAGCAGUUGCUGAGGAUCGAAAUGGCUUCCAGACUCCAGGCUGAGAGCUUGACCGAGGAGCUAAACUGUGCCAUUUGUCUGGAGUUCUUCACUGAUCCUGUUAGUCUGGACUGCGGCCACAACCUCAGUCGCUCCUGUGUCGCCUGGAGCUGGGAAAAGCAGGAGAAAAACUCCUGUCCGGUGUGUCGCCAAGUUACUGUGGAGAGGAACCUCCAGGUCAAUGGGGCUCUGGCCAAAAUGGUGGAAAAAGCUCGUGAAUCCAGUCUGAACCCGAUACAGAUGGCAGUUAAACGUCGGUUUGAGAAACACGGGGAGGACCUGAAGCUGUUCUGUGAAGAUGACAAGAAAUUGAUCUGUUACACUUGCAGAGAUGCGAAAGAGCACAAAGGUCACAGCUUUCAGCCCAUUGACGAAGCGGCUGAAAUCUACAAGGAUCAAGUGAAGUCCUCCAUAGCUUCUCUCACACAGAGGAAGGAAACUGCUCUACAAAUUGAAGCCAAACAGAGAGAAAAGAUUUCACAAGUUAAGAAACAGGUGAAGAAUGUGCAGACUCACGUCACGGCUGAGUUUGCUAAAAUGCACCAGAGUCUGACUGACAGAGAGCAGCGAGUGAUGGGGGAUCUCAGACAGCGAGAGGAGGAGAUUCUAAAGCGAAUGGAGACAACUCUGCGAGAGAUUCGGGGAAAGUUAGAGUCGGUGGAGCAAGAACUCUCCGAGUUACAGACACAGAUGGGGAAAGACGCUCUCACCUUCCUGCAGGAGGAAUCUGCUGCCAACAGAAGGGUCAGUGACGAGGGCUUUGAUCUGUCAAUGUGUGAGGCUGAGCUGCCGGUGGCCAAGUACAAGUGGCCUUUGAAGAACACCGUCUGGAGAGAGAUUAUAGACAGCGUCAGUCCACCUCCGCUCACUCUGACUCUGGAUCCCGACACAGCGAACCCGUACCUCAUCCUAUCUGAGGACCUGACCAGCGUGAGAUACGGAGACACACGGCAGCGGCUCCCGAACGGUCCCAAGAGGUUUGAUCACUGUGUCUGUGUCCUGGCGUCUGAGGGCUUCACAUCGGGGAGACAUUACUGGGAGGUGCAGGUGGUCAACAAGACAGAGUGGGCAGUGGGAUUGGCCCGAGAGUCCGUCAACAGGAAAGGAAAGAUCAUAUAUACACCAGAGGGAGGAUUCUGGGUUUUGCGGCUGAGAAACGGGGAUGAAUAUAAAGCUCUGACCUCUCCCUCCACUCUCCUGUCCCUGAGGGACAGACCCGGGAAGGUGGGAGUGUUCCUGGACUAUGAGGGGGGAGAGGUGACCUUUUACAACGCCGAUAACAUGUCUCAUCUCCACACUUUCACCGACACUUUCACUGAGAAGCUUUAUCCUCUCUUCGGUCCCUGGGACGGUGACCCUCUGAGGAUCUGUCGGGUGACGGAUUGAUGAGGAGGGAACCCUCAGCCGUGACCUGCGUUUGGCGGUGAUGGCCACGAGGCUGAACCUUCAUAGUCUGUGUCGCUGUACAAUAAAGAUUGUGGUU